AUGUUUGCCUUUUUACAGUACAACAAACAAGUCGUCACGCUGAACACCAAACUCAGUAAAAUAUUUAGCAGACAGAACAUUUCAAGGGCGAUUGUGUUGACUGUCGUAGUGUUGGUUCUACCCAUGAUACUUGGACUCCUACUACUUGCUUUACUUUACAAAGUGAUGUGUGCUAUGAUUAUAAUACGAAAAGACAAAAACUUCGUCGGGUUCCUAGACAGUUUCGACGUCUUCUGGAGCUUAGAAGAUGAUACUUCCAAAAGUAUUAUCAACGUCCUCGGUAUUAUAGAGUCCAACUCCUCUCAAGCUGUAGCCAAAGACAUAAAGAAAAAGUUAGAGCAAGCUAUUUUAAACGACACUACAGGAAAGAUCUUUUAUAGAAGAAACGAAAAGUACGGAUUUUACUACUGGAGUCGACACAAUUUUGUCGAUAUGGAUCAAUACGUAGAAGUUAUUGAAUUACCGAAUAAAUGUGAUGAUAAUCUUAACGUAAUUGACUUAGAAAACCUUAUGACAGAUUUACAGGAAGAUUCUUUACCAUAUGAAGAUGAAGGAUUGUUUAAAAUUUUAAUAACCAGGCAAAGAAUUAGUAAUCACAAUAAUCUAAAAGGCAAUUAUGGCAUAAUAUUCAGAAUACACCAUUCCGUUGGAGACGGCACAGCUUUAAUAGAGUUUUUAUGUCAAACCCUUGCCGAUGAAACUAAUGAUUGCUUAGUCAACAUGUUUUCAAUGCCCGAGGCUUACAGAAAUCCAAGUUCCCCUAAGAACCUUGUUGAUAUGAUGCAAACAUUGCUAGAAAUACCUAUCUGUUUCGUAGAUGGGAUUCUUAGAAAGCCCGAUGAAAAUCCUCUACAUAGCAAAAGUUUGAACGGAAGGACAGUUUUCAAAUGGACAGAGUCUGAUGAAAAUUUGCUAACUAUGGUGAAAGAAAUUAAAGAAAACGUUGCUCGAACAUGCUUUUCUGAAAUCUUGAUAGCAGCUCUUUCAAGAGGUCUACGGAAUUCAUUCCAGCAGACAGAGGGCAAAGUUCCAGAGGACGUAGCAGUAGUAUUACCAGUUAGAUUUCCAAAAACAUCUACGAUUGGCGACGACCCUAUUCUAAAAAAUGAUUUUAGUGUAACCAUAUUAGAUGUGCCAGUAGAAGACAAAGAUAAUCUGUAUGAAAUAAAGGAACGUUGCAACUUGCUACGUAGAAGCGCGGAUCCAUUGACCAACUACUACUUCCUCAAGCUGAUCUGCAGUGUGUUCCCGGCGAGUAUCCUUCAGCCGAUGCUCUACAGCCGUCAAGCUACCAUGGUACUGAGCAACCUGCCAGGCCCACCGCGCCUGACCAUCUGUGGGGGCAACGUCCUCCAGUCAUUGGUAUUCUUCGUGCCACACAAGGGAACCACAGGUCUAGGAGUUACAGCACUCUGUUACGGCGGAGUGCUCAGAUUCGCAGCGAGUGCGGAUCAGGCGCUGAUCUCCACUUCUGACCGCCUGUCUCCGAUCCUCGACGGUAUGGUGGAGGAAAUACGACGGCUGCAUACAAAAUAUGCUAACAAGAGGCAUAUUUAGCUGUGGCUCUAUUUCAGAGGCCUUAGACAAAAUAGAUGUUACCUAGCUACUUCUAAUUGGAAUAAAUAGACUGAAUUACCAAAUAGGACUUAAGAAAGUUGUGUUGACAUCUCAGUAAAAGAUAUGGAGAUCGUCAAUCUAUAGAAAGUGUUUUACUUUUUUUUUCUGGAAUAAUAUCUACUACCUUGAUAUGAUCCCUAAGUAUAGCUAACUGUACGGAAAAUGUAUGUAGAAAAUCGAAAAAAAAGUGUUUAGGAAAUCUUGAUGCAAGGCGCCAACAGAAGAAUCGACUGAAGCCCUCCCUAACAACUCCACACACAAAAAACCCGUCUAGCCAGCUUUAUUAUGUGCCAGGAAGUCGAAGUUCAGUUUCGGUAGCCACAUCAGAGCCCACCACAACAACGACCCGGAAUAGACGUAAAUCAGGAGGUAAUGAAUUCUUGCUGCUUGAAUGCUUGCAUCUCAAACGAGGAGUGCCGAUGCGAACCCCGGUAACGGACUUGCACCAAUGAGUUAUUAAUUUAUCUUAAGUGCAGUUUACACUAACACAGUUGGCUCGACCAUUAUAGGCGACGAUACCGCUCAUCACCUAUCACCUUGAUUUAAUAGAAAGCUUGGUGAGGUGUGGGUACUUAGUUCAUCGAGCGAUUGAUGCACCUCUGACUACCCCAAUUAGGAUAUAGUCGUGAGCUUAUGUAAUAAGCCGCCGUCGCAGCUGGACACGGUUUGAAAAAAAUAAGUAAAAAAAAAACCGGUUAAAAUUGUGGUUCGAUAAACACAUUCAAUGAGGAAUACGCAUUCAGUCCUAAUGGAAGUUUUCCAUUUAG